GUUAGUUUUAAGAGAAAUGUAGUAGCUAGCUUGUGAUAACGUUAAGCCAUUUCCGUUCAGCACGUCUUAAUAAUAUAGCUCCUUGUCUUGUGGUCAUUUAUUUCUGUUUUUGUGACACUUGUGUUUCAGAGAUAAAAAAUGACGUACGCUCCAAUGGGAAGCUAUGUGCCAAUUUCUGACCUAAACAUAAACAUCACACACUCGAAGGUGGUGGGGGUGAUAAUUGGAAAAACUGAUUCAAGAGGAUUUCCUGACCGGAAAAAUGUUGGGUCUGAAAGAUUCACUUUCAGCUUCACCAUCAAAGAUUCACCAGAACAUUUUAUCAAUGUGUCUGCAUGGGGAAAUGAGGAAUACAUUCAAGCACUGAGCUGUCGCUUUCAGAUCGGGGAUUGUGUUGUAAUUGAAAAUCCCCUCGUUGUGACCAAGGACUAUGAGAAAGAAGAACGGUUUUGCCCUUCAACACCUAGUUCCUACAGGUUGUUGCUUACAGAGACUCACUCGAGCAUUAGGAUAUGCUCAGACAUAGACACUGAGGCCAGGAUUCUGCCGCUAUUUCACAUACCAAUCAAAGACCCAAGAGAUUUCUAUUCGUUGGGAGACAUUACUGCAAAUGGACAAAGUCUGGAUGGACACGUUAUUAACAUCCUAGCAGCUGUACAAUCGGUUGGAGAGGAGAAAUUCUUUACAAAAUCUGGUGGCUGCAAAGGACAGAGAAUUGAAAUAAAACUCUUCGAUGACACUGGGAGAUCAUUUCCUUUUGUUUGUUGGGAUAAAGAGAAUAUUCGUCUGGUGCAAACGCUGACACAAAGAGAAACAGUGCUGUUCAUUGCAGAUGCUCGUAUCACCUUUGACAGUUUUCGCAAAAGUAUGGUGGCAACAGCGAUCUCCAAAACAAUCAUUACCGUCAACCCUGAUACAGCAGAGGCAAACCAGCUGUACACAUUUGUCAGGGAACUGUUACAAUCUGGAGGACUGGAUGACCAGGACUUCCUCUCUGGUGAUGAUGUGCAGUUGGAUUCCAUUAGAGACGUCAUGACAGUAAGCCAACUUAAAACCAGAAGUCAAGAAAAUGCAGAUGCCAUUCAUUGCAUCAUAUAUGGAUUCAUCACCUGUUUUGAUCUGGGUUCCUCUCCCUCCAAAAUAAUAACCAAGAGAUGUGCCAGAUGCAAAUUUCGAAUCAAUGAGGAGAGUUGGACGUGUUCCAGUGACAUUUGUCCAAAUCAAGGACAAGAGCUCCAGGCUAAUGAAUGCUUUGAUGUGCUGGUGGACAUCAGUGACCACACUGGCACUUUGCAGUCAUGCAACCUGGUGGGCACAGUGGCUGAGAAAACUCUGGGCUGUAAAACAGAAGAGUUUUUGUGCCUGUCGGAGUAUCAGCGGACAAGCCUGCAGUGGAAGUUUCUUCUGGAGCGAUGCAAAAUAUAUCUGAAGGUUCUUCCAUCUCCCAGAAGGAGAAGUGGAAUGAAGGCAGACAUCUUGUCAUGCGGACUCGCUGACCCCGUUGAAGUGAAGCAAAACCUUCCCUCAUUUGUGGUUUGAUGUUUUGCAUCAGCAACCAAACAACACAAAACAGUUCCUCAUAUGAGAGCAAAUCGAUUGUAAACGUGCAGAAUUGAUUGAUUCAUUCAAUUUAAAUGCAGAUUAUUGAGUAAUAGUUUUCACAUUUGGUUCCAUUGUCCUCCUUUACCUUACACUGUUUUUGUUGUAUAUUUAAAUUAAUUAACUUAAUUUAUUUAUAUUUAUUUUGGUACAGUUAAACUGAUGUAACCAAUUAAAUAAAUAUUAAAAAAGAAAAUUUUUCUGAACUGCGGAACUCUU